AUGCACUCACUAAAUAUUUUGCAGGAGGUGGUCUCCUUAAAAACCAAAUUCUUUUUAUUUUUCUUUGCAAUAAAUGCGUUCUUAGCAAUGGCGUUCCCUUGGGGGUGUUUGGCCAUCGAAAGUUGGAGCCAAGGUCCAUUACUUCGUAUUUUGCGAGGGAAGCCAUGGUCAGAAAACUCUUUUUCUAUAGCGUUUCCUGGUUCGCAAGCUAAAAACGUCAUACAGCACCUGGGCCGGCAGAAUCGUGGUGGGAGAAAACUUUAUCCAAGAAAAUCCUGGGGCGCGGGCCGGCGUGCCAUCAGCAGUAGUUUCUUUUACAUAAUUCACCUUAGUGUGAAUGCUGCUAAAAAAGGAGAGGCACGGCCCCAGAGAUGGUAA